AUGAGUGCGCCCACUACAGAAGCAGAACCCAAGAAAUACGGUGCGACGGAGGGGCACGGUAUUGUCGAAGCGAUUGAUGAUGAGGCGAUUAUUCCCAAGGGGGCGCUUGAUCCUGUUUAUGAAGCCAAGGCGAGGAUAUUGAAUCGGGCAGUGCAAGAUCUAGGCAUGGGUCGUUAUCAGUGGGAGCUCUUCAUCGUUAUAGGCUUUGGCUGGGCGAGCGAUAAUCUCUGGCCAAUCGUCACGUCGCUUAUUUUACCGGCUGUGGCCAACGAAUUUGGCGUUACGAAUCCCCCGUAUUUGACUCUGGCGCAGAAUAUUGGUUUAUUGGCUGGUGCCAUGUUUUGGGGGUUUGGCUGUGAUGUUUUUGGCCGCAAAUGGGCUUUUAACAUUACUCUCGGUCUCACAGCAAUCUGGGGUCUCAUCGCAGCCUCAGCGCCUAACUUUGCAGCCAUCGCCAUCUUCGACGCCCUCUGGUCUUUCGGUGUAGGCGGUAAUUUACCCGUCGACUCAGCAAUUUUUCUUGAAUUUUUGCCAGCGUCGCAUCAAUACCUCCUAACAGUUUUGUCCAUCGAUUGGGCUAUCGCGCAAGUCAUCGGUACACUCAUCGCAUGGCCGCUCCUCGGAAAUUAUACAUGCGAACAAGGCGCCACCACCUGUCGACGCAGCGAUAACAUGGGUUGGCGAUAUUUUACCAUCACGGUCGGUGGUCUUACACUUCUCAUGUUUCUCGCGCGCUUUAUUCUGUUCAAGAUUUAUGAGUCGCCGAAAUAUCUUAUGAGUAAGGGCCGCGAUGAGGAAGCUGUCAAGGUUGUCCACACCGUGGCAAAGAAGAACGGCAAAACGACGACAUUAACGCUCGAAGAUCUAAAAGCUUGCGAACCAGAGGGUUACGUCGCACAGACAGAUACGAGCGCAGCAUUAAAGCGAUAUCUCGAAAAAGUCGACAUUUCUCACAUAAAGGCACUCUUCGCAACAAGGAAACUCGGUCUAAGCACUGGUCUCAUCAUGGCUGUAUGGGCCCUUAUCGGUUUGGGAUAUCCCCUCUACAACGCCUUCAUCCCGUUCAUCCAAGCAACCAAGGGUGCUGAUUUCGGCGAUGGAAGUACUUACAUCACAUACCGCAACAGUCUUAUCAUCGCCGUUCUUGGGGUCCCCGGUGCGUUACUGGGUGGAUGGCUCGUUGAGCUGCCACGUCUGGGACGUAAGGGUACACUUUCCGCGAGUACUAUUCUCACGGGUGUGUUUCUGUAUUGUUCUACUACUGCGAAUUCCAGCGGUGCUUUGCUUGGGUGGCAGUGUGCCUUCAACUUCUUCAGCAAUAUUAUGUAUGCUGUGCUGUACUCUUUUACACCGGAAUUGUUUCCUACGCCUCAUCGAGGAACGGGCAAUGCACUCUGUGCGUCUUGUAACCGAAUCUUUGGCAUCAUGGCUCCAAUUAUUGCUAUUUUUGCAAACUUGGAGACUUCUGCGCCCGUUUAUACCAGCGGUGCCCUGUUCAUCGCUGCUGGACUUUUGGUACUCCUCAUGCCAUUUGAGUCGAGGGGCAAAGCAGCGCUUUGA